CAGGUGAACAAGGUGAUGUCCAUCUUGUUUUAUGUGAUAUUUCUCGCUUAUCUCCGUGGCAUCCAAGGUAACAACAUGGAUCAAAGGAGUUUGCCAGAAGACUCGCUCAAUUCCCUCAUUAUAAAACUGAUCCAGGCGGAUAUUUUGAAAAACAAGCUCUCUAAGCAAAUGGUGGAUGUUAAGGAAAAUUACCAGAGCACCCUGCCCAAAGCGGAAGCCCCCAGAGAACCGGAGCAGGCAGAAUCCACCAGGUCGGAAUUCCAGCCCAUGAUCGCAACGGACACAGAACUACUACGACAACAGAGACGCUACAAUUCGCCCCGGGUCCUGCUCAGUGACAGCACCCCUUUGGAGCCCCCUCCCUUGUAUCUCAUGGAGGAUUAUGUGGGCAACCCGGUGGUAGCCAACAGAACGUCCUCACGGCGGAAACGGUACGCGGAGCAUAAGAGUCACCGAGGAGAGUACUCGGUGUGUGACAGUGAGAGCCUGUGGGUGACCGACAAGUCCUCAGCCAUUGACAUUCGGGGACACCAGGUCACAGUGCUGGGGGAGAUCAAGACCGGCAACUCCCCCGUCAAACAAUAUUUUUAUGAAACGAGAUGUAAAGAAGCCAGGCCAGUUAAAAACGGUUGCAGGGGAAUUGAUGACAAACACUGGAACUCUCAGUGCAAAACGUCCCAGACCUAUGUCCGAGCACUGACCUCAGAAAACAACAAACUCGUAGGCUGGCGCUGGAUACGAAUAGACACUUCCUGUGUGUGUGCCUUGUCAAGAAAAAUUGGAAGAACAUGAAUUGGCAUCUGUCCCCACAUAUAAAUUAUUACUUUAAAUUAUAUGAUAUGCAUGUAGCAUAUAAAUGUUUAUAUUGUUUUUAUAUAUUAUAAGUUGACCUUUAUUUAUUAAACUUCGGCAACCCUUACAGUAUAUAAGCUUUUUUCUCAAUAAAAUUCGUGUGCUUGCCUUC